UACAAGAUAGACGUGUGUGAGCGGCGUUUGAAAAAAAAAUAAUUAAACUGACUUUUAUUGACAUUUUUGAACAUUUAUCGACGUCGUCAUAGAUGCAAAACCGUAAAAAGUGCCGGGAUGGAGUACGAAUUGGAUGAGUUAGAUGGCAAACGAAAACGUUCAAAGUUCUCGUAUGCGCCAAAUCGACGAUUUGUCACGUCAUUUGAGACCAAAUUGCCUGUCUGGGUUGCUCUUUGUCUCAUCGUCGCGUUAUUUGGACUAUUUUUCACUGCUUUCGGGUUAUUUCGAUGGCUUCCGACGGGACUUUUACUGCAAAAUGAGGAACGUUACCCAGAUCGCUUUAUCGGCGAACAAGCUGCGAUGUACGUGAAAAGUCUCACAGACAUCGGAGAUCGAGUAGCGGGCACGCCCAACAACGAAGACUACACAGUUCAACUGCUGCUCGAUACAGUCGAAGCCAUCAAGAAACAAAGUCACGAAUCGAACCUCAUCGAAGUCGAUCAUCAAGUUCAAGAUGGGAGUUAUUAUCGCGAUAAAGUACAUUAUCCACAGCUGAACGUCUAUCGGGGGAUUCAAAAUGUCGUUGUAAAGUUGAGUAAAGCGAAUGCCAGUGCCGCGAUGGAUGAUCAUUAUAUUUUGCUGAACGCACAUUUUGAUACGGUGCCAAUGAGUCCAGGUGCUGGCGAUGACGCCACAAUGGUCGGCGUAAUGCUCGAAGUUCUUCGCACACUCUCGAAACGCGAACACUCCAUCUCGCAUCCAAUUGUCUUCUUGUUCAACGGAUGCGAAGAAACGGAGUUGCAAGGAUCUCACGCCUUCAUCUCGGGCCAUCCGUGGUUCAGGAACGUUCGUGCCUUGAUAAAUCUCGAUGCGGGCGGAAUUGGCGGCAAAGAAAUGCUUUUCCGUGCCACACCGGAACACUCGUGGAUCAUGCGGAGUUACUCGAAGGGAGCAUUGAACGCUUAUGCCUCGACAGUGGGCGAAGAAAUGUUCGAAGCGAAUUUGAUACCGAGCGACACGGAUUUUCGGAAUUUUAAGAAUUAUGCGAAAGAUGUGGCAGCAAUCGAUUGUGCUCAAAACUACAAUGGGUAUGUUUAUCACACGAAAUAUGACGAUUUUAGUUUGAUCGAUUACGGAUCGUUGCAACAUACGGGCGACAAUGUCAUCGCAGUGAUGGAAGAACUUGACGACACGAAGGAAAUUAAACGAAAGGAGGUUGGGGAAUACGUUCAAGAAGGCGGAAGUUUCAUCUUUUACGACAUCAUGGGUCUUGCUUUCGUCUUUUACUCCAAAACUGACGGAAUAAUCAUCAAUUCUGUCGUUAUUGUCGCUUGCACAGUCGUAAUUGGCUUGUGUCUCGUUGCUAUCAAGAAAAAGGAAGAAAUGUCGUAUUUACGAGUGACGCUCGAAAUGAUCACUGCCAUUUUCAUUCAAAUUAUGUCGAUUUUCUGCGCUGCUUGUUUCAUGAUUCUUCUGGCGAUUGUCUAUGAUCUUGCGGGACGGCCGCUGUCUUUCUUCAGUAACACGUGGUUGCUGUUCUUUAACUAUUACGUGCCAUUUUUGGUGGCUUUCAGUUUGGGUCCGCAUCUGUACAUCAAAUACCGUGAGAUGCAUCAAGAGCCGGUCAACUUUUUUGUGCAGAUGAAUUUGCAUGCGCAUUGUUUCAUUUUGUGCGUCAUUUUGCUCAUUGGAACGGCGUUGGGGGUGAAAUCGUCUUUUAUUGUGAUGAUGAAUGCCUUGGGAUAUUUAAUUACGACCGUGAUUAAUUUGGGAGUGAGGUUCUUUAGUAAUGGUCAUAAAUGGGUUUACUUACAUUGUUUUGGACAAAUUUUACCAAUAACUUUCUAUUUUUACAUGGCUGUCACUGGAUACACGGUGCUUAUUCCAACUUUAGCCAGAUCCUACAGCGGCGGAACGUCAAAUCCUGACAUUUUUAUUGCUCUUUUGACGAUCGUCAUUGGAUAUUUAACAGCGGGAUUCAUCAUGCCACUUUUCAACCUUUUCAAACAUCGCAAGUACAUCUACUACGUCAUGAUCGCUCUUUGGGGCAUCGGCUUAAUAAUGAUGGUCACUCCUUUAGGAUUUCCCUUCAAAGAGGCUACCGCAGUGCAACGUUUCACCAUCUGGCACUCCGACCGCACAUUCACUCGCUUCGAUGGCGUCGUGGAUUAUCGUGACAGCGGCUUUUACGUGCACAGCUACGACCGUCUUGGAUCCAAAACUGUCAAAUCCAUCGUUCCUCAAAUGCAGAACGCCACAAAACUCUCACACGAAUGCGAAAAACGUCUCUUUUGCGGUGUCCCGUUUUAUCUCGGGCUGUAUCACGGCAAUCGCGAACAUUCGGUGUGGAUUCCCUCGGGACCGCCAAAAUUCGAAAAGCGACCCGAGUUAACGCUCGUUAGCAAGACAAAUGUUCAUCCGGUGACCAAUUCGACGGUAACAAAGUUGUAUCGCUUCCGGAUUUCGGGUCCGAGUCGCAUGAGUAUUCACUUGUCGCCCGUGAAAAAAGCAAAAAUCCAGAAAAUUUCGCUGUUGAAGGAGGAAUUGCCGCCGGCGAAGAUCAAAUGGCAUGGGAGAGACAUGUAUUUCAUCAACUUUACGGUCGGCAAGAGAGACUUGCAGUGGAAAAGUAUCGAAUUCACGGUUGAAGUCGAAGCCAAAGACGUUAACAGACCAUUUUUACUCGACAUGGGAUUCGUCGCGCAGUUCAUUAACGAAUACGAAACGCACACAAAAGAGUUCCAAGAUCUCGUAAGCAAUUUCCCGAAAUGGACAAACGUUCAACACUGGACCAGCAUUUACGAAGGAUACCAAUUUUAACACAAUUUAGCAUUAAAACUUAUUUUUUAUUUAAACUUAAAAAAAUUUUUAUCACUCUUUCACCGAUUUUUCGUCACA